CUACCUGUGCGGUGCAGGUAGUUCUCUCAAUGUGUUCAAGCCCCAUAAUACCUACAUAUACAGUUAGUCAACUUCCACUCGUUUUCACGAGCGGAUGUAAUACCGAGCAGGUCUUGGUGAUUCGGAUUCGAUCCAUACCUUCGCCUUGUUGUUGGUCCAUCUCUCUCGCUCUUGAUAGUUUAAACGCGAUAUCAUGUGGGAUGCGAUAGGUUAAUUUUAAAUAAUAUUACUUUCACUUCCAACCGAUCAUAUGUUAUUAGUGACUGAUGAGAGAGCUCGCGUUUUCAAAAAUUAUCCGCGAAAUGACCAUUGAAGAGAAAAAUCGCCAAGUUAACGGAAAUAAUUCGACAUUUGUCUGCCGAGAUGCUGUGAAUAUUAGUGCAGUGCCGUGAUAUUAAUUAUUCUAUACUAUUAUUUUGUUGCUAAUAUAAAUAUAGGUAGGUGUUAUGGCCAGGUGGUUCUUCGAGGACAGUGCGUAAUAUUAACGGAGCAGUACAUUUCUUAAUUUUUGCCACGAUGGAAGACGACGAUGUUUCCGUCAGAGUAGCUGUCAGAAUAAGGCCUCAAACCCCACGUGAAAUAAUCGACAUGUGUCAAAUGUGCACAGCGGUCACCCCAGGGGAACCCCAGGUCACCUUAGGCAACGACAAAUCUUUCACGUACAACUACGUGUUCGACACAGAAUCGCAACAAGAACAAAUUUACGAUACAUGUGUUGCAUCCUUGGUCGAGUCAUCAUUGGAAGGAUAUAAUGCCACCGUAUUAGCCUAUGGACAAACAGGGUCAGGAAAAACUUACACCAUGGGUACCGGAUUCGAAGUCGAAUUACCCGAUGGACAGAAAGGAAUCAUUCCUCGUGCUAUUCAUCACCUUUUCGAUGGUAUUCAAUCUAGAAUAGACAAAGCGUAUCAAACCGGCCAGCUAGCGCCCGAAUUCAAAGUUACCGUUCAAUUCAUGGAGCUUUACAAUGAAGAAGUUAUAGAUUUGUUUAAUCCUUCAUAUUCAAAAGAAAAAGUUUACAAAAUCCACGAAGAUCCGUACGGCGGUAUUCAAGUUAAAGGGGUGAUCUUAAAAACGGUGCAAUCCGCCGAGGAAGCCUUGCAAUGUUUAAGACUCGGUGCUUUAUCUCGUACUACUGCCAGUACUCAGAUGAACACUCAGUCAUCGCGAUCGCACGCCAUCUUUACGCUUCAUAUAAAACAACAAAAGUUAGUACCGGCUGAUGACGAUUCGAUUUCAAACGAGUUCGAAACGUUGAGCGCCAAAUUUCAUUUCGUCGAUUUGGCGGGCUCCGAAAGACUAAAGCGAACUGGUGCGACGGGAGAGAGGCAAAAGGAAGGAAUUUCAAUUAACUGUGGCUUAUUGGCUUUAGGCAAUGUUAUAUCUGCCUUGGGAGAUAAAUCCAAAAGGGCGCUUCAUAUACCCUACAGGGAUUCGAAACUUACUAGACUUCUGCAGGACAGUUUAGGAGGUAAUAGUCAGACUGUGAUGAUCGCUUGUGUUAGCCCUAGCGAUACAGAUUUCAUGGAAACGCUCAACACCUUGAAAUACGCCAAUAGGGCACGCAAUAUUAAAAAUAAAAUAUUUAUUAACCAAGAUAAGAGUUCCAAGACGAUAUCGCAAUUGAGGCAGCAAAUAGCGCAAUUGCAAAUGGAGUUGGUCGAGUAUAAACAAGGAAAGAGGAUAAUUAGGGAAGAUGGUACGGAAGCAGUCAACGACAUGUUUUACGAAAACAAUAUGCUGCAAGGGGAAAUCAAUAAUUUAAGAACGAGGGUGAAAGCCAUGCAAGAUACGAUAGACGCUCUGACCCUUAAAAAUACUAACUUGCUAGCGGAAAAGGCUAUGGGGGCGUGGAUUAGCACCGGUACCAAUAGCGAGGUUGCCGAUAUGGUGCAAGCUUACCUACAAGAAAUCGAAGAGCUGAGAGCAAAGCUCAUUGAAUCGAAUCACACUUGCGAACAACUGAGAAAACAGUUAAGCAGAAGCCACAGCCCCCAGAGACAGAGUGUGUUGCUCAGUUCUAGUUUCAUUGAAGAUAACAGCGCUUUGCUUGAAGAAGCGAAAAGAAAUCUACAAAGGGAAAAAGACGUGCUGAACAGAAGAUCGAUGGAAUUAGACAACGAGAGUGACGGUGAGAGCGAACAUGAAUCUACUAGCGACAACGACGAGAAUAACGAACUAAAUGAGGAGUUAAUAUCGCUAACUAAUGAUAUCGAUAUGAAACAAAAAUUAAUAGAUGAAUUGGAACUGUCUCAAAGACGAAUGCAGACUAUGAGGCAACACUAUGAAGACAAACUGAUGCAAUUGCAGCUUCGCAUACAAAAUACUCAAGAGGAACGGGACAAAAUGCUCAACAAAUAUAGUGUUCAUUCUGAACCGUCUGAUAAAGUUAAGAAAAUCAAAGAGGAUUAUACUAAAAAAUUAAGUGACAUGCAAAGGGAAUUGAAAAAACUGCAAGCGGCACAGAAGGAGCAUGCGAGACUAUUAAAGAACCAAAACCACCACGAGCAACAACUUAAAUCCUACAAGGAUGAACUUAUGGAAAUGAAAAGGACAAAGGUCAGGUUAAUUAAUAAAAUGAAAGAAGAGAGUCAGAAACACAAAGAGGCGGAACUGAAAAAAGAAAGAGAAAUAGCGAAGCUGAGAAAAGAGUCUAGGAAAAACGCGAACGUGAUUAAAACAAUGGAGAAUGAACGUCGAAUCAGGGAUCAAGUGCUUAAGCGCAAACAGCAAGAAGUGUCGGUUUUAAGAAAAACCCAAAGAGGAAGACUUAGCUUAAAAGCUUCGGGGAGGGUUAGAUCGACAGCAUUCUCGGAGAAAGGGGCCAAACAAAAAUGGUUACAAGUGGAGAAGACUAUUAAUAAUAUUACCCUGAGCAGAAAAGGACUAGUAGAGCAAGAAGUCAGGAUGGAACACUUUCUAGAGAAGAGAGAGGUUUUAGGUAAGUUUGGAGCAGCUUACAUUCAAUUGCUUAAAAUUAACUGUUUAGGUAGAGAAUUAGAAAUUCUGGAAGAAAGACGGAAACAUGCUAUCCAAAAAGGUCAAGAUACCAUGCAGCUUGACAGUUACAUUGAAGAUAUCAAGGAAAACAUAAAUUUCGUUCAAGAAACAAUAGCUGAGACACAACACAAUGUAAUGGAUAUCGAAAAAACUCAAGAUCCAGCAGACACGGCGGAUUUGGAACAAAUUGUCUCUUCGGUGCAUGAUGUAGAUGAAGCAAAGUACAUAAUUCAGAAACUUUAUAAUAUGACUCUGUCUCAAAGUCAUGCAGUUGCCCAAAGGGAUGCAAAACUUCGUGAAAGCGAAGCCACUUUGGCUGAGCUGCAACAAGAGACAAACGUUAAAGGACAACUUCUGGAUCAUUUGCUUCAUAAUGAAAUUCCAAUAUUUUCCAAGGAAUUGGUGACCAGUAUUUCGAGUAAUACAAAUGACACAAGUUCAAAUUCUUCCCGAUCCUCUUCGCCAGCCCCGACAGACUCUCAUUUAUCUGUUCCUGAACCGCAACCCAACAGGACAAAAAUAAGAAGAAGGACCGCACAACCCGCAGAGUUGCUCUUUGGACUACAUUCUCAUUCCGCUAUGACUCAAUCUCAAGAUUCUAGCAUGUUUAGAAUGGAUAGUAGCCUGCAACGAGUGCCAAGUGUACCAGGAAGUCUUAAGUUAAGUUCUUGAUGACACAUAAAAUGCAGAUAUACACAGAGAAAAGUAACCUGAUCGCCAUAAGACGAAGUAUGUUCUCUUUUGAGAGCUCCAUGUGCAAGUUUAACUUUCCAGUAUGUUGUGAACCUUUACUAGUAUUGUUAUUUAUUUUUUUGUCCAUCUUAUUAAUAAUAACAUUAUUAAUGUUUUUAUGACAUAUAAUGAAUAUUUAUGCAGUAAUUGUAGUCAAUAGAUAUGAA